CGUAGCUGUAUAAGCGCCCGAGUGCGUCUCGAGAGGCCCAGGUUCGGAUUCCGAGCCUGGACCCCCCGAAGCCGCAGCGGCCACCCCCCGAUGUUUUGUUUGUAAACAAACAAACAAACAUUGUUUACACAGAAACAUACACGCAACGCAUCGCCCGCCCGGAAAAACGACCCUAAAGCAAUAUAUAGCUGCUUUAUUGAUCCAGCCUGGCUUUCUGUAGGGCUGGGCGGUUCAAAGAGCGAAAGGAGGAGCCACCGGAGCCUGGCUGCUUCUCCUUGCCAACCAUGUCGGCUGGGCUGAGGGCAAACGGGGCUAGUCUCCUGGGCUUUGGGAGGGCCGCUUUCUGGCAGGUGAGGAGCUGUUCUGCAUCUUCAGCUCAACCGGUGAUUUCAGCCAAACAUCCCUUUCAAGUGGACUUAAAACAAGGGAAGGGUUAUGCUUGGUGUGCCUGUGGCCAUAGCCGAAAGCAGCCCUUCUGUGAUGGAUCCCAUAAAAAGAAUGCCCCCAAAAUUUCUCCCCUGAGGUUCAAAGCUGAAGAAACAAAAGAAGUCUGGCUAUGUGGCUGCAAAUGUACCAAGAACCCUCCAUACUGUGAUGGUACCCACAAGGAAGAUUUUGUGCAAAAAGCAGAGCUACAUUCCUAGCUGCACAUAUGAAGAGAAGAAACCAGAGUUCUUUGGGGAAAUGUAAGAAAUAUAGAAAUCAGCAGAAGACCAGCCUUGGGUGCAAGGCACUGGGGCACUCUUUGACACAGCUACUGUUCAGUUCAAUACAACAGGUGCAGAAACACCUUCCAGGAUACUGUGCCAUUGACUGUCUUGGCAGAGACUGUGACCCUUCUGUGACUUGAGUGCAUAUUGGCCAUCUAUAUAUGCAGCAGAGGAGGAAGUUCAGACUAGUCUGCUUCCCUCCACCAGUUUUAAAAUUGCGCAUAUGCUUGCUGAAAUCACCUACUGCGCAUAGGUCAACACCUCAAACACUGUUUCCAUAGUUAUACGACAAUCACUGACCACAUAAUAACCUAUGUGAACAGGACUGGGUAACAGAUGGACUAGAGCCCCUGCCAGCCCAACACGUGGUGAAGGAUGGUGGGAACUGCAGUCUAGUUAUAUCUGUAGAGCCUUAUAUUUCCCACCACUUGCAGAGAACGAAGAAGUGAAAUGGUCUUUUUCAUCAUUUAGAGACUGAGUUUUUUAAAAUGAAUUCAUUGAUGUUACCUGUUAGAAGGGUGGUAAUUCAUCUGUUGGCACUGGAAAUAUGGACACCGAAUUUAUGUUAAAUUUGUUAAUUUCUUAAUUAAAUGGUAGUUUUUUGAAGAAAC